AUGAAGGGAAUUUUAGUGAAAGAAGAAGAAACACUAGCAUGUAUAAAUGUUGGUUCUUCAACAAGUUCAUCUUCCUCUUCCAAUUCAAGUCUUCAACCAAAACCAAUGGAAGGGUUACACGAAACAGGUCCACCUCCAUUUCUCACCAAAACCUUUGAUGUCGUUGAAGAUCCUUCCACCGAUGGAAUCGUUUCGUGGAGCAGAGCUCGUAAUAGCUUCGUCGUUUGGGACCUUAAUAAAUUCUCCACUGCGAUUUUACCUCGUUACUUCAAACAUAGCAAUUUCUCUAGCUUUGUUCGUCAACUCAAUACCUAUGGUUUUAGAAAAGUUGAUCCGGAUCGAUGGGAAUUUGCGAAUGAAGGGUUCUUAGCUGGACAGAGGAACUUGUUGAGAACGAUCAAGAGAAGAAGAAAUGUAGCGCAGUCGCCGUCUAUGCAGCGAGAAAGUGGUGGUGCUUGUAUUGAAUUAGGAGAGUUUGGUCUUGAAGGUGAGAUUGAGAGGUUGAGAAGAGACAGAUCUGUUUUAGUGGCUGAAAUUGUGAAAUUGAGGCAGCAGCAGAAUAAUUCAAGGGAUCAAUUAUCUGCUAUGGAAGCUAGGUUGUUGAUUACUGAGAAGAAACAUCAACAAAUGAUGGCUUUUCUUGCAAAAGCACUUAGUAAUCACUCUUUUAUUCAGCAAUUGGCAAACAACAAAGAGUUGAAAGGUGUUGAAAUGAAGCGAAAGAGGAGGCUCACUGCUAGUUCGAGUUUGGAGAAUUUGCAGAAUGAUUCCGUGACGAUGAUGGCAGUGCCGAUUGAGUCUGUGGUUGAUUGUUCUAGUCAAGAACAACAAGAGGGUUUGACUACUAUUGAGUCCGAGAUAGAGACAUUGUUAAGUGCUUAUGGUAAUGAAUCAAGGAGUGAAAUCAAAGACUAUGCAUCAUUGAGUUCAGUUCCAAGUGCUAAUGAGAGUAAUUUGAGUGAUUGGGAGGAUUUACUGAACCAAGAGUUGGUUGGUGGGAAUCCAGAGGAUGAAGUUUUGAUUGGUGAUUUCUCACAAAUUGAUGCGCCGGUUGAGGAUUUGGUAGAAAAGAAUGAUGAUUGGACUGUGGAUUUGCAGAACCUUGUUGAUCAAAUGGAUUUUGAACCUUAA